AUGCCCAUCCUUGCUCGACUUUUAUUCAGUGCUAUUUCAAAUGAGAAGAAAAUAAAACUGCUAUCAGUUAUGCAGGAUAUUUCUUAUGGCAUCAAGAUCAGUUGGCAAGAAUCUUAUCUAUCUGAACUCAUGAAGCAGCUCACGGAUUGGAUAGUACAGCCUAUGUCAGAGCCACAAUACCGCACUAUUGGGCAUAAAUCUUUAACUGUCCUUGUCAAUUUAUGCUAUGGAAAUCUUCCAGCUACUCGUAUUUAUGCACUUAUGAGGACUAUAGAUACAAAAGAAUUUGUUGUCCAUCUAAUAAAUUUGAAGUGGUAUACCCAUUACUUUGAACAGUAUUUGAAGAAGCUUUAUCUUUAUGGCAAAAUUCGUUCUUAA